UAAUCGGUGCUUCUCAGGCCUCUACAUCUCACCCAUUUCUCUCACUGCUCUUUCUGUGUACUUUGGCAUCCACACUUGCCCAGUUUGCCAUGAGAUGUUGACAUAUACUUAAACUGACCUUGAACAGCAGCAAAUUUCUUGUGAGUGGAUUUUCCCACAGCCUUCUACUCAGCCACGAAACAGGCCAACAUAAAGCUGUGGGCAGAGAACAAGUUGUAGAGCCUGGCUCUUUUCCUUCUGGCUAGUGUGCUCUCCACAAUACUUUGACCUUAGGGGCCCAGUAAUGCACAGUGGCCACUCCUUCAACUGAAUUCCAUCUCCAGUGUCUGGAAAAGCAUGCUAUAAACUUGUGCCCAGGGAAGACAGAUGAUGUAUGUGAUGGGCUCACCCCCUCGCUAUAGUCAACACAAAUUUCACCAGUGCUUCUUUGCCUUCAGGUUGCUGCUGUGGAGCAGAGGAUGAGGCACCCUUUGCCCACAGCACUUCUGUAGGCGUGUCACAGACCAGGACGCCCAAGGCAGCUCAGUCUUCCCGGAAGACCCACCCCUGUGAGAUGUGUGGUCCAGUCUUGAGAGACAUUUUCCACUUGGCUGCGCACCAGGGAAAAGAAAACAGCCAGAAGCUGUUGAGGUGUGGGGCCUGUGGGAAACGAUUUUAUUUCAGUGUAAAGUUUCAGCAGCAGCAGGAGCAGCACGUGGGAGCAGAACCCUUCAGAAGCCGUGUGGACAGGGCCUCUGUUGUGAAGAGCUGGGGAUCCCAUGGUUCAGGAAAGCCCCUUAACUGUGGAGAAGUUCAGAAGGACUUCCUGUCUGGCUCGGGGCAUCUGCAGCAAGAGGCCACUCAUACUGGGGAGAAUCCAAAGGAAAUCACCCAGUGCAAGGCAACUUUACAAAGCAGAAAAAGUCAUGAUACUUGGGGAGAAUUCAAGAACGCCUUUGGUCCCAAACACACAGAUAUUCAGGACCAGGAUGUCCACCUUGGAAGACAGUCCUUUGUGUGCAGUGAAUGUGGGAGAUCUUUUAGCACUCAUACUACUCUCCAUUAUCACCACAGAGUUCACACAGGAGAAAGGCCUUAUGAAUGCAGUGAAUGUGGCAAGUCUUUUACCCGAAGACACAGACUCAAUAUGCACCUAAAGGUUCACUCAGGUGAAAGGCCUUAUGAGUGUAAUGAAUGUGGGAAAUCUUUUAUUUGUAGGUAUGAACUCCAGUAUCAUCAUAGAAGUCACUCUGGAGAAAAACCUUUUGAAUGCAGUGAAUGUGGGAAAUCCUUCAGACAAAAACAUUCCCUCUCAAUACACCAGAGAAUUCAUAGUAGAGGAAACCCUUACAAAUGCAACAAAUGUGGGAAAUCUUUUUCUUGUAGUUCCAGUUUCCAUUAUCAUGAGAGAAUUCACACAGGAGAAAGGCCUUAUGAAUGCAGUGAGUGUGGGAAAUCUUUUAUAAGUAGUACUGCCCUCCAUUAUCAUCACAGGAUUCACACUGGAGAAAGGCCUCAUGAGUGUCAUGAAUGUGGGAAAUCUUUUAGCACUCAUAGUGCUCUUCAGUAUCAUCGCAGAGUUCACACUGGAGAAAGGCCUCAUGAGUGCAGUGAAUGUGGCAAGUCCUUUACCCGAAGAAAUAGCCUCAAUAUGCACCUAAAGGUUCAUUCAAGUGAAAGGUUUUAUGAGUGUAAUGAAUGUGGGAAAUCUUUUAUUUGUAGGUAUGAACUCCAGUAUCAUCAUAGAGUUCAUUCUGGAGAAAAACCUUUUGAGUGCAGUGAAUGUGGGAAAUCUUUUACCUCUCGCUCAGCCCUCAGUUAUCAUCAGAGGUCCCACAGAGGAGAAAGGCCUUAUGAAUGCAGUGAAUGUGGAAAAUCUUUUACUUCUAGCUCUGCGCUCAGGUAUCACCACAGAGGUCACACAGGAGAGAGGCCUUAUGAGUGCAGUGAAUGUGGGAAAUCCUUCAGACAAAAACAUUCCCUCUCAAUACACCAGAGAAUUCAUAAUGGAGGAAGCCCUUACAAAUGCAACCAAUGUGGGAAAUCUUUUACUUUUAGUUCCAGCUUCCAUUAUCAUCAGAGAAUUCACACAGGAGAAAGGCCUUAUGAGUGCAGUGAGUGUGGGAAAUCUUUUAUAAGUAGUACUGCCCUCCAUUAUCAUCACAGAGUUCAUACUGGAGAAAGGCCUCAUGAAUGCAGUGAAUGUGGGAAAUCUUUUAUCACUCGUACUGCUCUCUCUUAUCAUCACAGGGUUCACACUGGAGAACGACCUUAUGAGUGCAGUGAAUGUGGGAAAUCUUUUAGGGGAAAAUCUAACCUCUCUCAACACUGGAGAGUUCACACUAGAGAAAAGCGUGGUUGUAUAAUGAAUAUGCAAUUUCCCUAUUCAGUGUAAUGCCACUGGUGGAAACUUUUUAUGUUUGUUUUUAAGAUUUUACAUAUUUAUUUGACAGACACAGCAAGAGAGGGAACAUAAG